AUUUUAUUUUAGGGCAUACUUCGAUAAUACUUUCUUAUAUCUAACAAUAAGUGAAUUUAUUCUUCAAAAUAAUUUCCAUUGUAUUCAACAAAAUAUCCUUUACAUAUAGGUUCAAAAUCACCAUUCUGACUUUCCUUUGAAAUCUACGUAUCUGUGAACGUAUGACGUGAAAUUUCGAAAUGUCAUAUUUAUUUUGUUCUUAGAUAAUAUAGAAGAUAAUAUAUUUUAUUAAUUCUUUUCAUUAAUCAUGCGAAAUACAUGAUAAUUUUUUUGAAGUGGUAAAAGACUCUUCAAACUCGACUCUUCCUUCAAACCGGUUUUUCUUGAAUAACAUCAAGAAAUAAAGAAAUAAGAGAAAGAGAUAGCAAGUUUCAGUUGGUUCAUUGCAUAGUGAGAUCAGAACUAGUUAAUUGAUGGAUUAGUUUUCAUAUCUUCUCAACAUAUCAAAAUUUUAACAAAGAAUCCUUAUGCACGCUAUAUUAAACAGUAUAUUAAUUUUUAUAUUAAACUGCAUAUUAGUCUAUUGUUCUAUUUCAAAUGUCAAGAUUAAUUAUUUUUCUCUUUAUAACUAUAAUUCAUUUAAUUUAUGGAUUGGACAGUAAUAUGAAUUUUCAAUCAAAAUAUUCCAGAUAUGAAUUCAUUUUACGUAAGUGUAUAGCCAGUGCUCAAUUAAAUAGGAAACACCAAAGUAAAGACAUAUUAAAUACUACUUUAAAUAAACCUAUUCAAGAUUUGUUACACAAGCCACCAUAUAUUUCAAUUGUAAAGCCAGAGAACAAUUCAACUUUCCAACAGGUACAAACUCUAAAUUUGAAAUUGAAUAAUAGUCAUCCAUUUAAUAAUUCUAAAAUAAACCAUAACAAUGUGGAUAUGGGAAGCUAUUUUACGAAACAUAUAAAAAAUACACCUUUAAGGACUUUGAACAUUAAAACUACUCAAAGUUUAUUGCCUAUAUUUACAAAAAAAAAUUUGUUACCUGAAUUUAAAAAAAUCACCAGUAAAACUACAAAUUCAUCCAGCAAUAUUAUAGUUAUUAAAUCAGCAAUAUAAAUGUUAAAACAUCGUGAUGAUAGUUAUGUUCUGAUGUAAAAGAAUACACAUAUAAAAAAACACAAUAUUGUAAUUAUGUUUAUUGUUAAUGUCAUCAUCGAAAAAACAAAAUUAAUAUGUCAAACAUAACAAAUUGUUUAUUAUUGUGAAGACUGAGCUUGUUGAACUGUUUCUGGUAAGGUUUGUAAUUCUACCUAUAAAAAGUAAAAAAAUUAGUUAUUUGUACCUCACAUGUAUUUAGGAAUAAAUAAUUUAAAUUAU